AUGUCAAAUCCUCAAUUCAUCUUGCAUUGGUAUCCUAAUUCUCCAUUCGCUCAAAAAGUUGCAUGGGCCCUUCAAUACAAGAAUGUCGACUUCAAGCUUGUAACGAUUUCACCCAUUGAGCCUCGUCCUCUUCGCAGACCCCUUGAUGCUGGAUACCGCAAGACGCCUGUGCUCCAAAUUGGUAAUCAUACCUACUGUGAUUCCAAGAUCAUCUUUGCUGAACUUGAAAAGAGAUUCCCAGAACCAACAUUCUACCCGCUUGAUGCUCAAGGAAACUCGACUGAACAUUCAACCUUAUCAUUAGCAAGAUGGACCGAGAGCUCAGUAUUUCAAGCUAUUGUUACCCAAAUCCCUAUGGGUAAAUUAGGCGAAGCAUUUGUCAAGGAUCGCUCUCAAUUCUCAGGUCGUAAAAUUAAUCCGGAAUCACUCAAAUUCGCCGCCCCUUACAUGCUACAAGGUUUAACUGCAGAGCUUUUAGCUGUCGAAGAGCUUGUCAAAUCUCGUCAUCAAAAUGGAUCUCUGUGGGCUCUUGGUACCAAGGAGUUGUCAUUGGCUGACCUUCACAUUGCCAUGAAUGUUUGGUUCCUCAGUCAAUUUGUGGGCAGCAAAUGGCUUGAAUCCAAGAUUCCUGUUCUGAGUGAACACUUGACCAAGACUUUGGCCACUGUCCGUUUCAACGACCUUGAGAAGCUGAGUCAAUUAGAUGAAGAAGAAGCACUUGUAGUCGCCAAGGAGCAAUCAUGGAAGCUCGAAAAUGCUGCGCACGAUGGCUCCUUGAAGGCGAAAUUGGGCCAAGUGGUUGCCGUUCUGCCUACUGAUACUGGCAUGGUGCCUGCUUUAGGCACACUGGUACAUAGCACUAUCCAUGAAACUGUCAUUGAGAAUAAGCAAGAUGAGUAUGGCUUUACAUCAUACACCCAUUUUCCUGUUAUUGGUUUUGUUGUUCUGCCUCAAGCCCCCAAGCUCUAA